AUGUCUGAUAACAAUAUCUCUGCAGCCACUAACCUCAACACAAAAGACACAGUGGGAACAAAUCCAACUGGGCCAACCACCCCACGCAAGGGGCCUCCUAAAUUCAAGCAAAGGCAAACAAGACAAUUCAAGAGCAAGCCUCCUAAGAAAGGAGUAAAAGGUUUUGGAGAUGAUAUCCCAGGAAUGGAAGGACUUGGAACAGAUAUCACUGUGAUCUGCCCCUGGGAAGCUUUCAGCCAUCUGGAACUUCAUGAAUUGGCACAAUUUGGAAUAAUAUAA